UGAUAGAAGAGAUCAAUGUCGCCUCAAACUUAGUCGUCGGACAACAGGCUCGUGGGACUAACGCACUCCAUCGUUUCGUAUUAAGACAGUAUACAAUUCUUCUGCGGGAUGAAACAAUCUAUCAGCGUUGCAGUGGUACUUGUUGCCUGGCUCUGCUGCAUGCACUCUGUGCAAUGCCAAAGAACUGCGCUUGAACUUUUGCGACAAAAUCAGUGCAUCUGUCCCUGCGGAAACCCAGCUGGAGGCAAACAGUACUUCAUUUCCAACAAACUGUUAAACUGGUUCGAUGCAGUUUCUUACUGUAAUGCUAUCGGUAUGUCGAUUGCCAGUGUUAAAGACAACCUGCAAAACUCAAAACUCCAACAAUAUCUAAGGGAAAGUUAUCGCAUCACACGUUCCGCAAAGUAUUGGAUUGGUGCUAACAAUCUGAGCAAGGAUCGUUCGAUGCAGUGGGGUCUUAGUGGUAUUGAAGUUACUUUUAAUGCGUGGGCCUUUAAUGAACCGAGUCAAACAGCACCUUACUGCGUCUACUUGGAGGGCAGCACCAUGAAAUGGAAGAGCGAGGCUUGCGGCGCGGGAGAAAAACUGUUUAUUUGUGAAUACUAAUAAUAAAUGGAAGUUCUGCACUCGGAGCACUCAACCUCGGUUCAAUC